AUGGUACAUAAUUGUGCAAUAAUAAGUUGUCCACUUCAUAACCGACGAAAUAUACGCAAAGGACUUCUUUUUCAUUCAUUUCCUGUUGAUCAACAUCGAUUUGAAUUAUGGCGUCAAACUGUAAUCAAUCAUUGUUCCCAAACACUUUCGCUCAAUAGACAUUCGAAAAUUUGCUAUCGACAUUUCCAUCCAGACGACUACAUUGCCAAUCACACUGGAUUGACACGAUAUCUAAAAGCAACGGCUAUCCCGACGAUUUUUACUGAAACAAAACCCAAUUCGAAUUUGUCCGAUGAUCACAAUCACGUUAUCACAUUACUACCAGAUUUGGGUAUCAAUCGAAAGGUACCGAUACAGACGGCCACAUCGUCAUCUCUGCCAAUAUUACCCUCGAAUUCAUCGUCGUCAGAAGCGACAUCAUCAACACUUACUGAUACCAAAGCCAAGCGACUUCUGAGUACAAUAGAUAAAUUACAUCAAAUUCAAAAUGCAAAUAAGAGUAUUACGACAUCGAAACUAGGUUUUGAACGUAAACAAACAGAACAGGAUGAAGUUGAUCAUAAUCUUUCCUCGGAUGAUUCAGUGCAAUUAUCCCAAGUAUCUACGAUCGAUCAUAAGAGUCUAAAUCAAAAAUAUCAAACAGCAACUCAUGAAUCACACCAACAAUCUUCUCGGGAGUCAGAUUUCUAUCGAAGCACACAACAUGCCGCGAUAUCGACGCCCAAAACUUAUCUUGAAGACGCUCUAUUCAAAUUUCUUGAACAAGCAAAUCUUUUACAAUACUAUUCAGCUUUUAUUGAACAAGGUUUCAGUCGUUUUCGAACAAAACAUCGAACUAUAUCGGUCAAUUUUUUAGGCGGUGAUGAUCUCAAACAACUUGCAGAAGCGCAGAAUGAUGAUUUCCAAGAGAUCAUUACUCUUGUUGGAAUGGCAUCGAAACCACUACACAUAAAACGAUUUAAAAAAGCCCUGGAUGAUUACCGACAGUCGAUGGGUGAGAUUGAAGUCAAUCAUCCCUAUUCACCAAGUGCACGAGAAUCAUCAUCUGAUCGACAUUCGAUAGCAACGAACAAUUCAAUGAAACUUCUCAAUCAUAUAUCGUCAGAGUGGAGUACAAUGGAUACGUGUAAAACCAGCAAUACUCACCAACUAUUGGAUGACAGCCAGCGAAAAUUGAUUGCUGACGAAGCGGAACGGUUGGCGAAGUUGUUACCAUUGACAGCAAUGAAACAAUCCAAUGGACGAAGCAAUAUUUCAAAAGAUUUACUUACAACAAUGAACUUACCAAGAGAUUUUGAAGAUCGUUGGCAACGUAUUCGAAAAUACUCAGCGAUUUAUAAUCGAUUCGAUUCGAAGAAGCCAAACGAACUCCUGAGUUUAAAUGAAAUCUUAAUCAAUGAAGCAGCAGCUGCUAUCUGUUUUCAUCGGCCAGAAUUUCUAACUCGUCGCGAUGAGUUAUUGCACCUAACUCGACGUGUUCUUCAAAAUAUUGGCAUGACGAACAAUAAUAUUCUCAAACGACCAUUAACUGUGCUGACAUGCGAUACAACACCAGCCAAGCAAUUGAAACUAAAUAUACCGUUAACAAAGCCAACGACCCGGCAAAGAGAUCCAGAUACCUUUCGAUUGAUGUGGCAUAAUCGUGAAGCGAAAGUUGAACAAAUUCCCAUUGAAAUUGAAGCACUUCGUUGUGAGCAGAAUAAACUAUUACAACAAUUAAAACAAAACACAAUGGAUCCAGCAUCGUCAUCGCUUGAGAAUGGUAACAUAAAAAAACAAAUCGAUGAAAUAAGCAAAAAAAUCGAACAACUCAGCGAUGAAGAGAAAAAUUUACGAAGAUUAAUUCGAAAAAAGAAUAUGCGUCUUCGUGCUAAAGAACGGCAACAACAGAAACUACACGAGUCGGAAAAUCAUUCAUCAACCCUCCAAGAUUCGAUGGCACCUAUUCUACCAAUAAUUCCACCAGUGCUUUCAUUUGCGGAUGAGUUCGAACAAAAUCAGCAAGCAUCCUCAAAGUCAAUGCCCGAUUCCGUCAACAAUGACGCUUUUCAAACCAUCAGUAUCAAAGAGGAAAAGGUUGAACCAUCAACAAAUCUUUCGUCUCCGAUUUUAAAAUCAAGACAAGAUAUCUCAAGCACUAGCUGUUUAACUAGAUCCAUCGAACAACGUCGGGAAGAAAUUUAUGAUCGAACGAUUUUAUUCAAUCAGAAAUUAAAUACUACGAUGGAUCGACCCAUUCGUUCGACGCAACGACAACAAUCAUCGCCCAUAACAAACCUUCAGUCUGUGUUUACUACUAAUUUACAUACCGAUAGUCAAGCUGAUCAUUUACCAAUUAUUGAAAACGAACAAGAAAUUAUCGAAAGCAAAAGCUUCAUUCAUAAUCUAGAUUUUAAUAUUGAUAUUCUUAAAGGGAAGGAAUAA